UAAAGCCAGAAAGUAGUUCAUUCAGUCCCUGCUGUUGGUUAAAAUGAUCCAUCCCAGACUGUGGACCCUCUUCCUUCUCAGUCUCCUCCUGGGGCCAGGAGGCUCCAAAGGGAUUGCAGGCCCAGGAGAGUUGAUUGGCAUUGUAGGGGAGUCGAUUACUCUUCCUUUGGAAAUCAUGGCAGGAGAAAAGGUUGAAAACAUCACUUGGAUUUCACAAACACUGGUUGCUGUUGUGUACUCGGGACAAGGAAGAAAACCAGCCAAUAUCACACAAAUAAACCCUCUUUAUGUGGGAAGGUUGAAUGUCCCUACCCAUAGCUACUCUCUGGAGAUCAGCGCCCUGAGGAUGGAGGAUGCAGGGUCCUACAGAGCUUUGAUAACCAUUCAGACCUGCUCUGUGGGCACCAACAAGAAGUUCAUCUUGAGCAUCCAUGAUUCUAUAGCUCUUGCUCAUUCAGCCUCCUCAGGUUCUUCCUCUUUGGGGAAGGGGACUUUCUUCUUUGGAUUCCUGGGGGUCCUGAGAAUUGGACAAGUCUGAUCCUGACACAAAGAGAAUCCAGAGGAGGAGUGAGAAGAUGGGAGUCCUGUUGUGAGACACUAUGCAACAUUGAGUUUCUUGUCUAUGCCCAAUGGAGAGUUGCCAAUCUGAGAACACAGCUCCCCUAGUUCCUCAUCUGACAUAGAAUCCCUAUAUUUGCAGAGAUGGAUUGGCUGUAGGGUAUUCCUGCAUCUUCUCCUGCUAUUGUUGAAGGUAAAAAAUGUGACUCUACCUAAAACCUGAAUAUGAGAUUAUGGAGAAACCAUUGUGCAUUUACUUCAUUUUUUCUUAAGAAAAUUUUUUUUUGUUACUCUAAAGCUGAGAAACACCAAUAAACAAGGAUUUUCAUAUACAAAGA